UUCGGUUUUCCCAGUCCGCCGGCCACUCCGACCGCCCCUCUAACGCCAGCUUUCCCUCCCCCCUUCCCUCGAUCAGAACUCGGCCGAGACCCUCGAAGCGCGCAAACUUGACACUCACACUGGCCGACUGGUUGUAAGGGGUGUGGCAGGAGGUUUUGGACUCGAUGAGUUUCCACCGAAAUGUCGGAGAAGUCAGGCCAGAGCACAAAAGCAAAGGAUGGGAAAAAGUAUGCAACACUGAGUUUAUUUAAUACUUACAAGGGUAAAUCAUUAGAAACUCAGAAAACAACAGCUCGACAUGGAUUACAGAGUCUUGGAAAAGUUGGUAUUUCACGGCGUAUGCCUCCACCUGCUAACCUCCCAAGUCUCAAAGCAGAAAACAAAGGCAAUGAUCCUAAUGUGAACAUUGUACCUAAAGAUGGCACAGGGUGGGCAUCAAAACAAGAGCAACAUGAAGAAGAAAAAACACCAGAAGUGCCACCAGCACAACCAAAACCUGGGGUUGCAGCUCCCCCAGAAGUAGCACCUGCUCCCAAAUCAUGGGCCAGUAACAAGCAAGGUGGGCAAGGAGAUGGUAAGUGGACAUUAGCUGGAGAAAUUUUUUUUUCUUUUUCCUUACUUCCUUCCUUCUUUGUACCAGAUGUUGCUUGUUGGAGAGAUGGUGGUAAGUCUGCUGGCUCACCUUCUUCAUCUGAUCAAGAUGAAAAGCUCCCUGGCCAGGAAGAAAGCACAGCCGGAACAUCAGAGCAAAAUGAUAUCCUCAAAGUGGUGGAAAAGAGGAUAGCUUGUGGUCCUCCACAGGCUAAACUGAAUGGACAGCAGACUGCCCUUGCUUCCCAGUAUAGAGCUAUGAUGCCUCCUUACAUGUUUCAGCAGUAUCCAAGGAUGGCAUACCCUCCUCUACACGGUCCUAUGAGAUUUCCACCUUCUUUAUCUGAAACAAACAAAGGCCUUCGAGGAAGAGGCCCCCCUCCUUCGUGGGCCUCUGAGCCUGAACGCCCGUCCAUCCUCAGUGCGUCGGAACUGAAGGAGCUUGAUAAAUUUGAUAACCUGGAUGCCGAAGCUGAUGAAGGUUGGGCAGGUGCUCAGAUGGAAGUAGACUAUACAGAACAGCUGAAUUUCAGUGACGAUGAUGAGCAAGGAAGCAGUAGUCCUAAAGAGAAUAGCGGUGAGGAUCAAGUUUCCAAAACCUCUGAAAACACUGAAAACCGAAAAGAAGCAGAUGAAGUUUGCAACACUAAAUCUUCUUCUCAAAUAUCUGCCCAGGCACCAGUAGCAAAAGCUCCCUAUGGGAAAGGACCUUCAUUUAAUCAGGAACGUGGACCAUCUUCACAUCUGCCACCACCUCCAAAGUUGUUGGCGCAGCAGCAUCCACCUCCAGAUCGACAGGCAAUACCUGGAAGGCCAGGCCCCUUUCCUGCCAAGCAGCAAGUACCUGAUGAAGAUGAAAUAUGGAAGCAAAGACGAAGACAACAGUCAGAAAUUUCUGCAGCAGUGGAACGGGCUCGCAAACGGCGUGAAGAGGAAGAGCGAAGAAUGGAGGAACAAAGGAAGGCAGCAUGUGCAGAGAAACUGAAACGAUUGGAUGAGAAACUUGGCAUCGUGGAAAAACAACCAUCUCCAGAGGAAAUUAGGGAAAGGGAGCGAGAAAAGGAACGAGAGCGUGAGAAAGAACUUGAAAAAGAACAGGAACAGGAGCGAGAGAAGGAGAGAGAAAAAGAAAGGGAGAGGCAGCAGGAAAAGGAGAAAGAGCUGGAGAAGGAGCAGGAAAAACAAAGAGAAAUGGAGAAGGAAAGAAAGCAAGAAAAAGAAAAAGAAUUAGAAAGGCAGAGGGAAAAGGAGAAAGAACUACAAAAGAUAAAAGAACAAGAAAAGGCAUGUGAGCUGGAGAAGGAAAGGGAGAAAGUAGAGGAAAAAAUAGAACCCAAAGAACCUGCGUUAGAGCCUGUGGUGGAAAAACAAGGAAGUGAAACCAACUGUAAUAAAGAGGAGGAAGCAGUUUUCACUAGACAGGACAGCAAUCGCACUGAAAAGGAACCCACGCCAGUGACGCAUGAAACGGAACCAGAAUCAGGGUCUCAGCCUCGGCCUGCUGUAUUAUCUGGUUAUUUCAAACAGUUCCAGAAGUCUUUACCACCACGAUUCCAGCGGCAACAGGAACAGAUGAAGCAGCAGCAGUGGCAGCAGCAGCAACAGCAAAGUGUACUUCCGCAAACGGUUCCUUCACAACCGUCCAGUGGCACUGUCCCUUUACCUCCACACAGACCUCUUUACCAGCCCAUGCAGCCUCACCCUCAACAUUUGGCUUCCAUGGGUUUUGACCCAAGGUGGCUCAUGAUGCAGUCCUACAUGGAUCCUCGAAUGAUGUCAGGAAGGCCUGCUAUGGAUAUUCCACCCAUUCAUCCUGGAAUGAUUCCUCCUAAGCCAUUAAUGAGAAGAGAUCAGAUGGAAGGGUCACCAAACAGUUCUGAGUCAUUUGAGCAUAUAGCUCGAUCCACAAGAGAUCACGCGGUUUCCCUUUCUGAGCCUCGGGUGAUGUGGGGGUCAGAUCCCUAUCCACAUGCUGAGCCUCCACAGGCAACAACUCCGAAGGCAACAGAAGAGUCUGAGGAUGUAAGGUCUGAAGCUGCAUUGGACCAGGAACAGAUUGCUGCUACUUAUCCUGUAGAACAUAUAGAACAUAGUCAGUUGGAGGCUCAUCCAAAAACGGACUUUGUCAGAGAAUCAAGUGAGACAGAAGUACAAAAAUUUUUAAGCAGAUCUGUGGAAGACAUUAGACCUCAUCAUACUGAGUCAAAUAAUCAGUCUGCUUGUUUUGAAGUAACUGAUCAAAAGACCUUAUCUGUGCCUCAAGAAGAGCGGAUUUCCGCUGUAGAAAGUCAGCCUGCCAGGAAAAGGAGUGUUUCCCAUGGAUCUAACCAUACUCAGAAAUCAGAGGAGCAAAGAAAUGAGCCGUCUGCAAGCAUUCCUAAAGUAACCAGCAGAUGCAUUGAUUCAAAAGAACCAGCAGAAAGACCAGAGGAAAAACCAAAAAAGGAAGGCUUUAUACGAUCUUCUGAAGGACCAAAACCUGAAAAAGUGUAUAAAUCCAAAUCAGAAACUCGUUGGGGCCCACGGCCAAGCUCCAACAGAAGAGAAGAGGGUAAUGAUAGACCUUUGAGAAGAUCAGGUCCCAUUAAAAAGCCCGUACUUAGAGACAUGAAAGAGGAACGGGAGCAAAGGAAGGAGAAAGAAGGAGAAAAGGUUGAGAAGGUCACUGAAAAAGUUGUAAAACCUGAAAAGAUGGAAAAGAAGGAUCUUCUUCCACCCCCACCACCUCCAGCACCGAUUCAGCCACAGUCUGUUCCAUCACCAAUUCAACCAGAACCAGAGAAAUUUCCUUCAACAGAAACUUCAACUUUGGCCCCCAAAGCAUCUCAAGAUACUGAGAAGUCUCUGGAACCUAUAAGUAGUGUUCAGGUAGAGCCUGCAGUUAAAACUGUAAACCAGCCAACUGUUGCAGCACCAAUAGUCAAAGAAGAAAAACAGCCUGAAAAAGUCAUCAGCAAAGACUUUGUUAUAGAGAAGCCUCGACCAGAUUCAAGGCCAGCAAUUAAAAAAGAAUCAACUUUACCUCCUAGGACCUAUUGGAAAGAAGGUAGAGAUAGAGAUUGGUUUCCAGAUCAAGGAUACAGAGGUCGAGGCCGAGGUGAAUAUUAUUCCAGAGGUCGAAGCUAUAGAGGUUCUUAUGGAGGGCGUGGGAGGGGUGGUAGAGGGCACACUCGAGAUUAUCCUCAGUAUAGAGACAAUAAGCCAAGAACAGAACACGUACCCUCAGGACCUCUCAGACAGCGAGAAGAAAGUGAAACACGAAGUGAGAGCUCUGAUUUUGAAGUCGUCCCUAAAAGAAGACGACAGCGGGGUUCAGAGACUGACACAGACAGUGAAAUUCAUGAAAGUGCAAGUGACAAGGAUAGUUUAAGUAAAGGCAAACUUCCCAAAAGAGAGGACCGGUCUGAAAACAAAAAACCUAUAAAGCCGCAGACUUUCAAGCCUGAUAAUCAUGUCCGAAUAGAUAAUAGACCACUAGAAAAACCUUAUGUGAGGGAUGAUGAUAAGUCUAAGCCAGGCUUCCUUCCUAAAGGAGAGCCUACAAGGAGAGGCAGAGGAGGAACAUUCAGACGUGGUGGAAGGGAUCCUGGAGGUCGUCCAUCACGUCCUUCCACUUUACGGAGACCUGCUUACCGGGACAAUCAGUGGAACCCAAGGCAGACAGAAGCCCCUAAACCAGAAGAUGGAGAGCCACCAAGAAGACAUGAGCAGUUUAUUCCUAUACCAGCAGAUAAACGACCUCCAAAAUUUGAGCGAAAAUUUGACCCAGCCAGAGAGAGGCCCCGGAGACAGCGUCCUACCCGACCACCAAGGCAAGAUAAGCCUCCUCGAUUUAGAAGGCUAAGAGAGAGGGAGGCUGCUUCAAAAACAAAUGAGGUGGCAGUACCCACAAAUGGCACGGUUAAUAAUGUGGUUCAAGAACCUAUUAAUACUGUUGCAGAUAUUUCUGGGAAUAAGACACCAGACUUAUCUAAUCAGAACUCUUCAGAUCAGGCAAACGAAGAAUGGGAAACAGCUUCCGAAAGCAGUGAUUUCAAUGAGAGGCGGGAGAGGGAUGAAAAAAAAAAUGCCGAUUUGAAUGCACCAACGGCUGUAAAGGCUGGAGAGAAUGUUUUACCUCCAAAGAGGGAAAUAGCAAAGAGAAGUUUUUCUAGUCAGAGACCAGUAGAUCGCCAGAAUCGACGUGGCAACAAUGGUCCACCCAAAUCAGGAAGGAAUUUCUCAGGUCCUAGAAAUGAAAGGAGAAGUGGCCCACCAUCAAAAAGUGGGAAGAGAGGGUUUGCAGUCUUAGCCGAUAAGAAUUUGUUUGGACAAUAUGGUGUUAAUCUGAGUGUUGUUAUAAUUGAUGAUCAUCCUGAAGUAACAGUAGUAGAAGACCCCCAGUCAAAUUUGAAUGAUGACGGUUUUACUGAAGUGGUAUCCAAAAAACAACAAAAACGUUUACAGGAUGAGGAACGUCGAAAGAAGGAGGAACAAGUCAUACAGGUCUGGAACAAAAAAAAUGCAAAUGAAAAAGGAAGAAGUCAGACUUCUAAGCUUCCUCCAAGAUUUGCCAAAAAACAGGCUACAGGGACGCAGCAAGCACAGUCUUUAGCCUCAGUUCCAACUCUAGCCUCAGUUCCAGUUCCACCGUCAUCCUCAGCCCCAGGUCCAGCCUCGACCUCAGCUCCGGUCCCAGCCUUAGCCUCAGCUCCAGUUCUAGCCUCAGCUUCAGUACCAGCUCCAGCCUCAGCCUCAGCUCCAGUUCCACCCUCAACCCUAGCUCCAAUUUCAGCCGCAACCUCAGCUCCAGCUCCAGCCUCCACUUCAGCUACAGCCACAGCCUCUUCUUCAGCUCCAGCCUUAGUCCCAGCUCCAACCCCUAUCCUUGCCUCAGUUUCUACCCCAGCCUCUGUCCCCAUUCUUGCCUCAGCCUCAAUUCCCAUCCUUGCUUCAGCCCUAGCGCCGACUUCAGCUCCAACUCCAGCCCCAGCAGUCUCAGUCCCAGCUGCCCCCGUCAUCUCAGCCCCAGCUGCCCCAGCCUCAGCCCCAACUGCCUCAGUCCCUCUUGCCCCAGCCUCAGCCCCAGCCCCUGCCCCCACCCCAACUCCGGCUCCGACUGUUCCAGCCCAGACUCAGGCACAGACCCACAAGCCAGUCCAGAAUCCACUGCAGACUACAACACAGUCUUCAAAACAGCCACCACCUUCAAUCAGGCUACCUUCAGCUCAGACACCUAAUGGCACAGAUUAUGUGGCCCCAGGAAAAUCCAUUCAGAACCCACAGUCACAUGGUACUCUGACAACCGAAUUAUGGGAUAACAAGGUGGCCCCAACUGCUGUACUGAAUGACAUCUCUAAGAAAUUAGGUCCCAUUAGUCCACCACAGCCACCUGCAGUCAGUGCGUGGAAUAAGCCCUUAACAUCAUUCGGAUCGGCUGCUUCAUCAGAGGGAACAAAGAAUGGUCAGGAAAGUGGAGUUGAGAUUGGAAUUGACACAAUUCAGUUUGGUGCUCCAGCAUCGAAUGGGAAUGAAAAUGAUGUUGUUCCUGUGCUUUCGGAAAAGUCUGCUGAUAAAAUACCUGAACCUAAAGAACAACGGCAGAAGCAGCCACGGGCAGGACCUAUCAAAGCCCAGAAGCUUCCAGAUUUGAGUCCAGUAGAAAACAAAGAACAUAAACCUGGUCCCAUUGGAAAGGAACGUUCAUUAAAAAAUAGAAAAGUGAAAGAUGCCCAACAGGUGGAGCCAGAAGGACAAGAGAAGCCAAGCCCUGCUAUGGUCAGAAGCACAGAUACUGUCACAACAAAGGAAACCAAAUCAGUCUCAGAAAUGUCUACUGAGAUAGGAACAAUGAUCUCGGUAUCAUCUGCAGAAUAUGGCACUAACGCAAAGGAGUCUGUAACAGACUAUACUACACCUUCUUCUUCUCUGCCUAACACUGUGGCUACUAAUAAUGCAAAGAUGGAGGAUACUUUGGUUAAUAAUGUGCCCCUGCCCAACACCCUUCCCCUCCCUAAGAGGGAGACUAUACAACAGAGCUCCAGCCUAACUUCAGUUCCUCCCACUACUUUCAGCCUCACCUUCAAGAUGGAGUCUGCACGCAAGGCAUGGGAGAAUUCUCCGAAUGUCAGGGAGAAGGGGUCUCCCGUGACUUCCACAGCACCUCCAGUCGCAGGUGGAGUCAGCAGUAGUGCCAGCGGACCCAGCACCGCCAGUUACAACUCGUUCUCAAGUGCGUCUAUGCCUCAGAUUCCUGUCGCCUCAGUCACUCCUACAACGUCACUGUCAGGAGCUGGUACAUAUACUACCUCUUCUUUGAGUACAAAAUCCACGACCACAUCAGACCCUCCUAAUAUUUGUAAAGUGAAACCUCAACAAUUACAGACAAGCAGCCUGCCUUCUGCAAGUCAUUUUUCACAGUUAAGCUGUAUGCCUUCCCUUAUUGCCCAGCAACAACAGAGCCCACAAGUUUAUGUGUCUCAGUCUGCCGCAGCUCAAAUUCCAGCUUUCUAUAUGGACACAAGUCAUUUAUUCAAUACCCAACACGCACGAUUGGCUCCACCAUCCUUGGCUCAGCAACAAGGCUUCCAGCCAGGUCUCUCUCAGCCAACUUCAGUUCAGCAGAUUCCAAUCCCUAUUUAUGCACCACUGCAAGGGCAGCAUCAAGCCCAACUGAGUUUGGGGGCUGGGCCUGCUGUUUCCCAGGCUCAGGAAUUAUUCAGUUCUUCACUUCAACCAUAUAGAUCUCAGCCAGCCUUUAUGCAAAGCAGUCUAUCCCAGCCAUCUGUGGUCCUUUCUGGUACUGCCAUCCACAACUUUCCAGCUGUCCAACACCAGGAACUUGCCAAGGCACAAUCCAGUCUUGCCUUUCAACAAACUUCAAAUACUCAGCCUAUUCCUAUAUUGUAUGAGCAUCAGCUUGGGCAGGCAUCAGGACUAGGAGGUUCCCAACUGAUUGAUACACAUCUUCUCCAGGCUAGAGCAAAUCUUACCCAGGCUUCAAAUCUUUAUUCUGGACAAGUACAACAGCCUGGUCAGACAAAUUUUUAUAAUACUGCCCAGUCACCAAGUGCUCUCCAGCAGGUUACUGUACCUUUACCGGCAUCCCAGCUUUCCUUGCCUAAUUUUGGAUCUACAGGGCAACCUCUCAUUGCUUUACCUCAGACUCUUCAGCCCCCACUGCAGCACACCACCCCGCAAGCACAGGCUCAGAGCCUGAGCCGGCCUGCGCAAGUCAGCCAGCCUUUCAGAGGAUUAAUCCCUGCCGGGACGCAGCACAGCAUGAUUGCAACCGCAGGAAAAAUGUCUGAAAUGGAGCUAAAAGCCUUCGGAAGUGGCAUUGACAUAAAACCAGGCACACCUCCAAUCGGCGGGAGAAGCACCACACCAACAUCUAGUCCCUUCCGGGCUACUUCCACGAGUCCGAACAGCCAGUCCAGCAAAAUGAACAGCAUUGUCUAUCAGAAGCAGUUCCAGUCAGCCCCUGCCACUGUGAGAAUGACACAGCCAUUUCCUACACAGUUCGCACCCCAGGCAAAGCAGAGAGCAGAGGUUCUUCAGUCCACACAACGGUUCUUCUCUGAACAACAACAGAGCAAACAGAUAGGAGGAAAAGCCCAGAAAGUGGACAGUGAUUCAAGUAAACCUCCUGAAACACUGACUGACCCUCCUGGUGUCUGUCAGGAAAAAGUAGAAGAAAAGCCACCUCCUGCACCCUCCAUAGCCACCAAACCUGUUAGAACUGGACCAAUCAAACCUCAGGCGAUCAAAACUGAAGAAACAAAAUCUUAAAGGCCGUGGUUUAUUGCAGGGGAUUGGGGGGGUGGGGGUGGGGAACAGGGAGAAUGAAGUCAGAUAUUGCCAGCAGCCAAAGGGGUUAAAUGGUCUGUGACAUUAUCAUGUCCAGAGUUUGGAAAUGCACAAGGGACAUAGGAGCAAUUUACACUGACACACAGCUGCUGCACCAGUAAAAAUGAGGCUUUGCAAGCUUGCACCUACUGUAUGACAUGCGCUCAGUUGAUGGCCAUGCAUCUUCAGUCAGAACUUAGAUAUGUGCACUCAUUUUUGAGUGCAUAUCAUUCAGACCUAAAAAUCCUUAUGGUUAGAUGAAACACCAGAAAUACGAGGAAAAUAACACCGCAGAGGAAUAGCUCAGCCUGAACAAUGUGGUGGUCCCAGCUAACACAUCAGAUGUGGUUUCUUUGCUCCUUAUGGUCUUUGGAUAUGGUUGUGGCGUUUGUAGGCUUGGAGGUGAAGAACUGAAGAUAACUGGUGCUGGAUAGAGGAGCCUUAUUUUUUAUGAUGGCAGCUUGCUAUUUUUGUAACAUGGUGAUUGAGUUGAACACAAUCAAAGUACAGUAGUAACUGAUCUCCCCUUCUUCCUGGAUGAGUGCGCAGAUGAUUAAAUAUUGGCGUCAGCAUCCUUGAACCAUAUCCAAGUGAGCGAUGUUUGGCUACUGCUUCUGUUUGAAAUGACGCUGUGUUUUGGUUGUGGUCUGCGGCUUCGAAGCGCUGCUUGGCGUCUCCUUUUUCCCAUGGAGCUCUCACCAUUCAGACACGACAGAUCUGGUAAAAUACUAGUUAGGCUGAGUCUUGCUUGCCUGCACUCAGUCAUCUUUGUAUGAAUCCAAUGGUUCCUUCCCCCUCCCCUGGCUUUUUUUUUUUCUUUCUUUUUUUUUUUAAACGGUUUUUAGCUGAUGCUCAUGAAGAGCAGUGAAUACCUAGAACUGUGCCGUGACUGAAAGGAAAUCCUCAGAAGGUGCAUUUCUUUACAGCUGUGUCGUACCAUCCUUUGGGCCCUCUGCUGGACAAGUAGAAUCAAGUCUCAAAUAAUGCCUUUUUAAUUGUAUCCUCUAGUGUUAUAGAUGUAGGACAGUACUGUAUCAUACCUCUGUGAAUGUAAAAUAUCUCGUACCUGCUUUAUGAUAUGUAGUAGUGACUGUGCUUUAUCAGAGCUGUUUUUAAUGAUGUUACUCUAGAAUGUUUUCUUUCCAGAUGAUGAUUCAGAAGCUAAUAAAAAAAUGGUGCCAGGUACCACAACAGUAACAGAACUUUGCUGUUUUCUGAGGUUUUGUUUUUUUACCUCUCCCUCCCUCCCCUUUUUUUUAUUAGAGUGUGCUGAUAUCUCUAUAAUAUUGUUCAGAUGACUGCAGAACCUGGAAAAGCUGUUGCUGCUAUUGAUGCACAAAAUACUACUAUUAUUGGUCUUUAUAUACAUAUACAUAUGUAAUUUUGAAUUUUUGGAAACUUAGCUGUGUUGUCAACUUUGGAAAAAGUAUCCCAGUUUACCGUGUGGAGUUGGCAUUGUACAGAAAUUAACAGCCAUAUUGGUCUAGAAACGUUAAACUUAAUUUUUUUUCCAUUUGUACAGGGGUAACGCACUGUAUUAAAUAUGUAAGGUCUUAUCUACAUGGGUUUGAUUACAGAAACUAAUAAAGUAUUCUCUAAAUAAU